AUAUCACAAGAAAGCCAUCAUCCAAACCCCCACACAGUCAUCAUGCAGAUCUCCGCUCUCAUCCUCCUCUUCACCGCCACAGCCACGGUCUCCGCCUGGCAAUGUUUCGACCACGACGAACACUUCACCACAAACCACGCCCAGCUAGCCGAAGGCAGCGAUCCCAACAAUCAAUGGGGAUACUGCCCGUCUAAAAAGGGAUGCUGCGCCGAUGGCAAAACGUGGUAUGCAUGCAAGAACCUCUGUGCGGGUGGCGCUGCUUGCAGUGUUAGUGGCGGCAAGACUAGCUGUUAGAGGGUUUGUGGGGUUGAGAAGAUGUACAUAGAAAAUUUUCACUGGGUUUGAGUAUGGUAUAGCAUGAGCCUGAACGUAGGAGUGCAAUCGAUUCAAGGCUGGAUGCCGAUGUGCCUUAAGUUCAACUUCCUCAUUGACGUCUGCCAUGCUAUCCAAGCUCUUUGUAUCGUCAAACACCACUUCUUGCGAUUUCAUUAGUAUGUAGCAAGCCCUGGACACUUUCGAAUAUAAUAAGAUGGAAAUUGGAUAAUAUCCGUACCAAAACGACUGAACUCUAGUCCAUACGCUCUCAGAACACCUUAACGCCCAU